CCACACUCCCAUCUCUCUCUCUCUCUCUCACUCUAAAAAGCUUUGUUCUUUCUCUAUCUAACUCUCUGCACAAAGGUAAGUGAUCUCCAAGAAAACCCACAAAUCUUUUUACAUAGUAGUAUCUUUGAUCAUCUGAUUUUAGUCAUUUCUUUUUCUUGGAGAUGUUUGCUUUCUUCCCAUCUUUCUUGAUUUUGAUUUCACUAAGUUCUUACAAUCUUGUAGCUUCUUUAAAUGGUGAAGGUAUAGCUCUAAUGUCAUUUAAGCAGUCUAUUAGGGAAGACCCACAAGGGUCACUUAGUAAUUGGAACAACAACAACACCAUUAAUGGUGAAAUUGAAACCCCAUGUUCUUGGAAUGGCAUAACUUGUAAGAACCAAAAAGUUGUCUCAAUUAGCAUCCCUAACAAGAAGCUUUAUGGUAUUAUCUCCCCCAAUUCACUUGGAUUCUUGUCUGAGUUAAGACAUGUUAAUCUUAGGAACAAUAAGUUGUAUGGAACUUUGCCUAAUGACCUUUUCAAGGCUCAAGGGCUUCAAAGUUUGGUUCUUUAUGGGAAUUCCAUUUCUGGGCCUUUGCCAUCUGAGGUUGGGAAUCUUGAAUACAUUCAAACAUUGGAUUUGUCUGAAAAUUUCUUCAAUGGAUCUUUACCUGCUUCAAUAACUCAUUGCAAAAGGCUUAGGAAUCUUGAACUUAGUCAUAACAAUUUUAGUGGUGAUUUGCCUAAUGGGAUUGGUAAGAACUUGGCUUUGUUGGAAAAACUUGAUCUUUCUUACAAUGCCUUUGGGGGUUCAAUUCCUAGUGAUUUAGGUUACUUGUCUAACUUACAAGGGACUCUUGAUUUGUCUCAUAACUUGUUUGUUGGAUCCAUCCCUAAUAGCCUUGGAAACCUUCCUGAGAAGGUUUACAUUGAUGUUACUUAUAACAAGUUAAGUGGUUCGAUUCCGCAAAACGGCGCGUUAGUGAAUAGGGGACCGACGGCGUUUAUAGGGAAUCCCGGGCUUUGUGGUCCGCCGUUGAAGAAUCUUUGUUCUUCCGGCGGCAACGCGAGCUCGCCGUCGUCGUUCCCUUAUUUGCCGAGCAAUUAUCCGCCCCAAGAAGGUUUGGGGGGUGGCGGGGGGCUUAGUAAAGCUACGGUGAUCGCCAUUGUCGUUGGCGACGUCGUCGGGAUAUGCAUUAUUGGAUUGUUGUUCUCGUAUUGUUACUCGAGGAUUUUCCGGUGCGGCGACAAGGGUCGUGGUUAUAACGAGAAGGGGCGGCGAGGACGGAAGGAAUGUUUUUGUUUUAGGAAGGAUGAGUCGGAGACUUUGUCCGAAAACGUCGAGCAACAUGAUUUAGUGCCUUUAGAUACACAAAUUGCGUUCGAUCUUGACGAGCUUUUGAAGGCGUCGGCUUUCGUGCUCGGUAAGAGCGGGAUCGGGAUUGUUUACAAAGUUGUGCUCGAGGACGGGCUCACUUUAGCCGUUAGGAGAUUAGGCGAAGGGGGUUCGCAAAGGUUGAAAGAAUUCCAAACGGAGGUCGAAGCUAUUGGGAAGAUACGGCACGCGAAUAUCGUGACUCUCAAGGCUUAUUAUUGGUCGGUCGACGAGAAGCUUUUGAUUUACGAGUUCGUGCCGAAUGGGAACCUCGCCACGGCCAUCCACGGUAAGUCGGGAUUGGCUACAUUUACGCCGCUUUCGUGGUUGGCAAGAGUGAGAGUAAUGAAAGGCGUCGCGAAAGGCUUGGCGUAUCUACAUGAGUAUAGUCCUAAAAAAUACGUCCACGGCGAUCUAAAGCCGUCGAAUAUAUUACUCGGGCAUGACAUGGAGCCGAAAAUCUCCAACUUCGGCCUCGGCCGUUUGGCGAACAUCGCCGGCGGAUCCCCGACGCUACAAUCGAUCAGAAUUGGCGCUCCGAAGAAACCCGAACGAGCUCAACAAAGCAGCACGACGACGACGGCGACGUCGGACGUAUUGACAAUUGCCUCGGCUUCGGCGUCGUUCCCGUCGUACUACCAAGCGCCGGAGUCGCUCAAAGUCGUCAAGCCGUCGCAGAAAUGGGACGUCUAUUCAUUCGGGAUGAUUUUACUCGAAAUGCUGACGGGGCGAGCCCCGCUGGUCCAGGUCGGGAACACGGAAAUGGAUCUCGUUCAAUGGAUGCAGCUUUGUAUCGAGGAGAAAAAGCCAGUCUCGGAUGUUUUGGACCGGAAUUUGGCCCCCGAUGCCGAUAAAGAAGAAGAGAUGAUCGCCGUGCUGAAAAUCGCGAUGGCGUGCACGCAAACGGUGCCCGAAAGGAGGCCUUCUAUGAGACAUGUGGCUGAUGCUUUGGAGAGGCUAUGAAGAAAUGUUAUUACUUACAGAAGAGGUUUCUUGAAUAUUUUACUUUUUUCGAUCUUUUUGCCGUUGGCUGCUGUUCGAUUAUUACAUGUUUGUUUGUGUACAUUGUCUUGUUCUUGUUCUUUCUUGAUUGUUGUUUCUUCUACUGUUUGAUGUGUGAAUCCAAUGUGAUGAAAUUCCUUCAAUCAUGGCAGACUUUUUCUACAUCAUGAAUUGAAUUUUGUAUAUACUCA